AUGGCCGGGGACACCGGGAUGGCCGGGAAGGUGGCGCUGCUCCUGUGGGCCCAGACCCUCGGCCUCGCUGGUGCCCAGACCACCCAGCUCCUCGUGCAGCCCCCCUGGACACCGGCGGUGCUGUGGGACCGGGUGACACUGACCUGCCAGGGCUCGGGCACCGCCGGUGCCACCACCUGGUACAAGGACGGGCAGCACAGGGGGCAGGAUGGACGCGACAGCGUCCUUGUCACCGAGAGUGGCACCUACACGUGUGACAGACCCGGCAGUGGGCGCAGCCCCCCCGUGCUGGUGUCAAAUGAGCCGCUGGUGCUGCAGGUGCCAGCACGGGCACUGCUGGAGGGGGACACGGUGACACUGCGCUGCCGGGGCUGGUCGGACAAGCCUGUCACCAGCCAGCUGCACAGCAGUGGUCACGACCGCUUCACGGGCUGGGUGGCCUCCGAUGUGAAAGUGUCAGCAGUGGUGGAAGUGACAGUGCACGAGCUCUUCUCGGUGCCGGUGCUGGAAGGUCCCUCCGAGCUCACCGAGGGGUCCCCCCUCAAUCUCAGCUGCCUCAGCACCCCCAGCCCCCUGUGGCCCCCAGCCCCCCUCCUGUACAGCUUCUACCGGGAUGGGCAGAGGGUGGGGGGCCUGCAGUGUUCCAUGCAGCUCCUGGUGCCCGCCGUGGGGUUCUCCCACUCUGGCAAUUACACCUGCGAGGUGAGCUCUGAAGGGGGGACCAUGUGGAAGAGCAGCACCCAGCUCAGCAUCACGGUGCUCAUCCUCGCCCCCAUCUCUGCACUCCCUUCUUCCUAA